UUCUGGGUUUUGCUGUUCACCAGGCAUUCCAGGCAUAGGAACUACAAGGCUGAAUUUGCAUCAUGCCGGUUGGAGGCUGUACCGCUGGAGUUUGGGGACUAUCACCCACUGAAGCCCAUAACUGUCACAGAGUCAAAGACAAAGAAAGUGAGCCGGAAAGGAAGCACGUCUUCCACGUCCUCCUCUUCCUCCAGCUCCGUGGUGGACCCGCUGAGCAGUGUCUUGGAUGGGACCGACCCCCUCUCCAUGUUCGCAGCCACUGCUGACCCCGCAGCCACGGCGGCUGCCACGGACAGUUCCAGAAAGAAACGUGAGAGAGAGGAUAACUCCAUCGUAGGAUCCGAUUUUGAGCCUUGGGCCAGCAAGCGAGGAGAAAUCCUUGCCCGGUACACUACCACAGAAAAGCUCUCCAUCAAUCUGUUUAUGGGAUCAGAAAAAGGCAAAGCCGGGACCGCCACAUCCGCCAUGUCGGAGAAGGUUCGGACCAGGCUGGAGGAGCUGGAUGACUUUGAGGAGGGAUCCCAAAAGGAGCUAUUGAAUUUGACUCAGCAGGAUUACGUGAACCGCAUAGAGGAGCUCAACCAGUCUCUGAAAGACGCCUGGGCCUCAGACCAGAAAGUGAAGGCUCUAAAAAUAGUCAUCCAGUGCUCGAAGCUUCUUUCGGACACAAGCGUUAUUCAGUUCUACCCAAGCAAAUUUGUCCUCAUCACCGACAUCCUUGAUACAUUUGGAAAGCUGGUGUACGAGCGCAUCUUCUCCAUGUGUGUGGAUAACCGCAGCGUCUUACCAGAUCACUUCUCUCCAGAGAAUGUAAAUGACACGGCCAAAGAAACGUGCUUAAAUUGGUUUUUCAAGAUCGCUUCCAUCAGGGAACUCAUUCCAAGAUUUUAUGUGGAAGCAUCCAUUCUGAAGUGUAACAAGUUCCUCUCCAAAACGGGGAUUUCGGAAUGUCUGCCCCGAUUGACAUGCAUGAUUCGAGGGAUCGGGGACCCACUGGUGUCGGUGUAUGCCCGGGCCUACCUCUGCCGGGUGGGAAUGGAAGUGGCUCCACAUCUCAAAGAAAGCCUAAAUAAGAACUUUUUUGACUUCCUCCUCACUUUCAAACAGAUUCAUGGGGAUACGGUCCAGAACCAGCUGGUGGUCCAGGGAGUGGAGCUUCCAUCCUACCUCCCCUUGUACUCGCCUGCCAUGGACUGGAUCUUUCAGUGCAUUUCCUACCACUCCCCCGAGGUAACUGCCAGGUGGCUUCAGAGCGAAGUUCACCCCGAGGGGAAAUGCUGGGGCUCCUCUCUCCUCUGUAUAGUGUCAUGAUGACCUCUUCACUAAACAGGGCUCAUUCAUAACAGCUAUAGCAACAGCAAUCCUGGACAGCCUUUAGAGGGCUCACCAUUGUGGCUGGUUCUCUGCUCAGCACUUUUGCUAGAUUGGCUUGUUUAACGCCUCUGGGAGGGGGAUGUGGAGGCCUAGAGAGGCCAGCUACCUAUGUAAGGUCACACAGCUAGAAAGUGGUGGUGACUGGACACAAACCCACGGAGUCUGACUCCAGGGCCAACAGGCUUCAUUGCCUCUUCACUGACAUUCAUGCAUUCCUUUUUUGUUUAUAAUGAUCUAAUCAAGUUGGUAGAGCAGGUAAUAUUUUCCCCAUUUUGUAGAAGGAAGUGAAACUCAGAUAUAUAAUUGCUUUUCUAAGAUUCCUUUUUUUUCUUUUUGUCUAUCUGGAGCAUUGUCAGGCAUUGAAGUGAAGUCUGAGUCAUAGCAGACCUACUCUUUUUUUUCUUCCCCAAGACUGAGAAGCAGUUUCAGUAGAACACCAGUCCACGUUGUCACAGUAACUGUGAUAGAUGAAGCUUCCCGUGUCUUCUGGUUGUUGAGCAUUUAUUCUAUGGAAGAGAAGCGGGGCCUUGCUACAAAAGGAUAUAUGGAGCAAAGCAAACUUCUUUUCCCAGAAGCUGCAAAGACAGAUUGACAGCCCUAAAGAAAGAGAAAAAAGGAUAUGACUUUGACUAAGCAAUCCCACUUUUAAGAAUAUCCAAUAGAAAUAAUUGGACACGUGCAUAAACACAUAGGUUUGGUCAUGCUAGUGCAACAUGGGAGACAACCACCAGAAGGGGAUAAGUCAUGGUCUAGGUAUUGAGAGAAAUGUUAUGGGGUCAUUUGAAAUGAUGGGGACCCAGGGUGAAGAUCUGGAUGUACUGACAUCAGGGUGUUCACAAGAUGCUGCUGAGUGAAAAAGGAGCUUGCGUAUGUUGCUGUGUGUCCUCAGUGGUGGUGGUAGUGUGGCCUGGUGUUCAGGUUUGGGUUCUGGAGCCACAGGGCCUGGGUCUGUCUCAGCUCUGCUGCUCACAGGUGUGGGGAUAAAGCAGGGGUCAGGUCACUUGUCCCUAACCACUCUGAGCCUUUUUUCUUCAUCUGUAAAAUGGGAGCAAUGAUAAUUCCUAUUUUCUAGUCUGUGGCAUAGAUCAAACAGGACAGUCCCUUUCCAGGACUUAGUGGAUUUUCCCACACCUAGUGCUUGAAUGUUUGUUGAGUCGUCAGGAUUGCAAAUGUGAUGUUUAUAUCUGCAUGGGAGAAUUGGGAAGGAGGUGUGACGAAAUAUCGCUGGAGGGUGAGAUUUUGGCUUAAUUUGUUUUUCUUAUAUUUUCUAACUUUUCAGCCAGUAUGAUGCAUGGCUUAUAUUUUUGUUUUUCCGAAUCCUAAAGUAUGAGGGGAAAAAUAGGGACACCUUGUAUUUCAGGUGAUUUUUUUUUUACCAUUGAGUAAAUUGAUUUUAUAUCAAGUCAGCAUAAAUGGAAGAUUGUUUGAAAAUUUGCCGACCGUUCUCUGUGAUCUUCAGCAGAGGCUCAGUAGCCACACGCUGGCCCAGGCUCCUGGGACGAGGUACCACGAACGUGCCUGUGCAGAGGGAGCUGCGCUACCCGUGUGACUGAGUAGUUGAGAUGGAUGAGCAGGACAGACGUGAUUGAAAAUGAGAACACUUAUUUUUUUUCUCCUUAUUUUAAUGAAAGGCAAAGUCAGAUUAAAAACAAAAGGGACGUGUCAUAAGGCGUUCUUCCUUUUAUUUUAAGCACCAGUAAUCUCAGAGGAUCGCAAAAGCUGGGAAUAGAGCUUUCCUGGGGAGUAAAACUCUAGGAAAUCAUUAUUGCUCUAGAAGAAGUGAUUAAAAAAACUAGGUCACCUGAAUAGUAAUAAACCCUGAUUCUUGGGGCACUUAAAUGAGGGACUUGCUGUGUCUUGUAAAAAAGCAAAAAUCAUUUUCAGAAUGAGGAGGAAUUGAUGUCAGUGUGGAGGGUGGUGUGGAAAAUGUGGUGACAAUAGGUGCCCAGAAGCUCUUGACAGUGGCUGGGAUAUGUCACCUGGGGAGUUAGAGCUGUUUGUGUCUUUAAAAGCCCACACCUCCCAAACUGGGGCUGUUGAGUUUGGCUGCAGCGGUUGGUAAUAUAUAGGGCAGGUACCCGAGAGAGCAGAAAGGAGAACUGUCUCCAUGAGAGGAGGGAGAGAGGCCCUCAGCUACCGAUGUGUGAUGUACACAUUUUUGAUAGAAAUUUCUGGUAGAAAUUGAAAUCCAGAAUUCCGCCCCUACUCCCCCCAAAUCAGGGAGUGAUUAUUCAAAAAGGCUUUUUUGUUGUUGUUUGAAGACAGGAUUUUUUUCCCCUCUUAUACAAUUUAAAAUAAAAUUAUCCUAAGUAGAAAAUAGAUUUAUGCCCCCCAUUUCAGGGACAUUUUACACAGAAAAAAGCAACCGUUUCACAAAACCUGCUUUUGGGCAGUGAAAACGAACCCCUUGGUAAGCUUCUCAUCGUUUCCAGCAGGUUUUUGUUUGCUGGGGGUGGUGUGGGAGGCACAGAGUGGAAGGCCUGACCCCUGAUGUCCGUGGCAGGUCCUGUCAGAUAGGGAAUCCCAUGGGAUCCCUUGCUAGGCUGGGCCAUGCAGGUUGUGAAGGUCGAAGGAGGGAAGAGGAAAG